AUGGCCCCUUCUUUCCGUACCUCUCGUCGACAACUUGCUCAGCGCGAGGGAGGCCACCGCCAUGAACAUGUCGUUCUUCUCAAUGGCUCGAAUGCCGCUGUUAUACCGGAGGUCGAAAGCGCUGUCCAGCGUGUGUCGACAGAUCAACGAAGAACCUACUCUUCGCCUAUGGUCGUAACCCCUUCCUCCCCGUUAAAGCGGUUAAGGCUAGCGGUAUCAGCGCCUUCCGACACACCUGCAACCACUUCUGAGGCUCCAAACUUUGCUUCCAACCUCUAUUCCAUGGACCGUGGAGACGAUGAACCUGGCGAGCAGACAGAAGCUGAGCAAACUGAGCGAAUUUUGAGGCCAGCGGAUCCAGUUCUGCACCAAUGGAUGCUGAAUCGUCGAGACACAUAUCUCAAAAUUCUCCUGUGGAGAGAGGGAAGAGGAUACUGGCCCGAUUUCUGCGCCAAGUGCGAGGUGGCAGACCCAGUCUAUCGGUGCGAAGACUGCUUCGGUGGAGGUUUGCUGUGUAAAGCGUGUUGUUUGGACGUUCACCGCUUGCACCCUUUGCAUAUCGUCCAAGAAUGGACAGGCGUCUAUUUCUCCCGUAUUUCUCUCAAGACCCUUGGUCCUCGCGUUCAACUCGGGCACCCCCCCUCCCAAAGCUGCGCUCGACCCAUUGCUGCCCAUGACAGCUUCAUUCUCAUUCACAUCUCUGGUAUUCAUGAACUCUCCGUCGAUUUCUGCGGUUGCCACAAAGCGGAGGACCCUUAUUAUGUUCAGCUCUUGCGGGCUGGAUGGUAUCCCGCAACUUCCGAAUCUCCUCGAACAUGUGCUUCCUUCUCCGCGCUUGACUCAUUCCAUACUCUGACACUGGCGGGAAAGAUUACACCGUACGACUUUUAUCAGGCGCUGGAGCACUUGUCCAAUGGAGCUGGACUGGACAGCACGCCCAAUCGGUAUCAAGUCUUUUUGCGAAUAGCGCGGCAAUAUCGUCAUCUGCUGCUUCUCAAGCGAAGAGGUCGGGGUCAUGCUCAGGGCGGUGUAGCCGCGACUGCUCCUGGCGAGCUGGCUCUUCGUUGCCCAGCCUGUCCAAGACCGGGUGUAAAUCUACCAGAUGGAUGGGAGAAGUCUCUCAGUUGCAUUUAUAUCUGUUUCCUCGCAAUCGACGCCUGUUUUCGCCUCAAACGACGCGCCAUAUCUAACGAAAUCAGGGACCCCGGUCUGGGUACAGGGUGGGCAUAUAUGGUGGAAUGGGCUCCGUAUAGAGAGUACCUAAGCACUAUGAAAGAUCAGCGGGAGAUGAGCUCCUGCAGCGGCCUCGCUGCGUUGGAUCACGCCAACUCCAAAUUCUCUCGAGGAUAUAGUGCAACCGGAGUCGGCAUGGGAGUUUGUGCCCGACACGAGUUCGUGCAGCCGAAUGGAGUUGCGGACCUUCAAGCUGGAGAACGCUUUGCAAAUAUGGACUGGAUCUUCGCCUCAAUUGCUCGCCAUCUUCAUAGAGCUCUGCGUCUGAUGGUGUCUUAUGACAUCGCCUGUCAAUGGGCCAAGAAUCUUCGUGGACGACUCGAAAAACUACCAACCAUGUUACGCCUAUCACUUAUUCUGGCGCUCAUCCGAUUUGUUGUGCCCAAACUCCACAUCCACGGACAUACACUUAUCUGCCAACUCCUCUACUCUUUGAACUGGGUCCCCGGCAGCGGUCAGACAGACGGGGAAGGAAUCGAACGCCCUUGGAGUAUGAUUGGCGGGGUCGCCGCCAGUACUCGAGUGAGUGGGCCUGGAGCGCGUGCAGACAUUUUGGACGACCAUUGGUCCUACUGGAACUGGAAAAAACUUCUGGGUUUGCCAAAACUACUUCGGCGACGUUUAGAUAGCGCCGUCCACGAGUUGGCCCGCCAACAAGAUGCUUUCUCGCUGUUUUCAUCGCAGCAGGCCGAGCGCGUAUCUGAAUGGAAGUCACUCGUGGAGGAGUUCGAAGCAGAUGGCAGUAAGCCAAAUCCUUAUCAGGCUACAGUAAAAGGAGCAACAGAAGCUCAGGUCCGGGAAGAGCUAGAUCGUCAAGACGAGGAACAACAAGCGACAGGAAUUCGGCGCAUACACGAUAUCAGCCCUUCGGCUUUCAUUGUCGAACUACUGGAUAUCGAGCAAGAACAGCGUCGCGUGAGCGCUUAUGCAGAGCUGAAGAAGACGAAUGUAACGACUUUAUCCUUCAACCUGCGCAAUGCUCGGAGGACAUUAAACAAGCGAAUUGACCGUCUUCGGGUGCUCCAGGCCACUUAUAUGCCCGCCUCGUUACAACUUUUGGCUGCGUUAAACCUCGCUCAAAGUACCAUUGCGGAGAAAGUACCGUUAUUCCCCCCCUCGGCGUUAAUGCCAUCCCAGCGCGAAAACGGGGGCUGUAUUCCAGGCCUCAUCGACAUGGAGAGACUAUUGCGGGAUGCUCAGUGUCGUUCUGCCCUGGUUAGCCUACGAAAUCAGCUCCACAUCAAAUAUCGCUUACUCCUCUACAAACGUACCCAAUCUCGGCACCAAAAAACCAAUACACGCUCGCGAACUCUGGUUACACGCAACGAGUACAAGAUUCUCCUCCACUCGUGGAAAUACCAAGCUGCAUGGGCUUCUCUGGUCGCAAUUGCGGGUGGGAAUGCUGUAGAUGUAUUAUGGCCACAGCUCCUUAAAGAUGACAUCCGUUGUCUUGAGGACUCCGACGAAUUGGCAAGGAGGGCAGCGCGCGAGCAGAAAGCUCACCAGCGCCAGGUGGAGCGGGACGAGGCUCUCCGGAAGGCGGGCUUAACACCACUCUUGGCUAGACGUCAGGAUCCCGCGAGCGACGACGGUUCGGAAGAAGAGGAGCCUGCCACUUUGUUGGAUACUUUCGGCAGCAGAACUGGAGGGAGUUAUGACGGGUCGGCCAUCCAACAUGGAGAAUCACGUCGCACAGUCUCAUGGAUAUGGUCAACUGCUGGUCGAGCGGAGGCGGGUGAUGAAUUGGAUGAAGCUCUGAGGAUCGAAUGGGCAAAAGCUUGGGCCCGCGUUCGUCGGUGGUCAGAAGAGGUGGAAAUCUUGACGGAAGAAUGGCGCCGCUUUGGUGUUUCCUUGGCCUACGAACAACAGCGAUGGAAGAAACGGGCCGAAGAGGUCCAAAUUUCUGCCAUGUCUGUCUCCGAUGCAGAAGGUGCUAUUGCCUAUGCCAUCAAGCAAGCAGAUAUCUAUGAAAAUCUCGCCUUGCGCGUCCGGGUGACGUCAGACGACUUGCUGCUGGAUGAGGGCGAUGGAAUGAUCGAGGACGACGAUGGCGGCGAUGAAGACGGCAAUUUUGAUGAAGAAGAAGACCACUUACUUGGGGGCAAUCAGCUUUGA